AUGAAUGGAAAAAUACCAGCAAAACAAGACAUGGAAAUGAUUUUAGACAAAGCUUUACUUGAGAGUAAUUGCCCCAGUAUUACAAAUACGUAUCACAGGUCGAAGCAGACUGGCAGCCGGAAACGUGGAAAUCCUGCAAAAGAUUCACUCGAGAGACUCGACACAGAAUUUCCAAUAAGCAAACGUACCGGUUGCAGUUUCACUUCAGAUGCUCACGACGAAGUUCCUCAGUCUCAAAUUCUAAACACUGCCCCUCGUGAUGAAGGAGAAGAAGCUGAACAGCUGGCCAUAGUAAUGCGGGAAAGCGUAAGGCAUAUUAAUAGUAAAGAAACAUUAACACCAAAUCAGAGUCCUGAUUUCCCUUUUUCGUACGCUCCGCGUUUUUCCACCUUCUGUCGAUUACAACCCCAUUGCUAUUCAACACGAUCCAAUAAUGCCCACAAUGCCUAUGUAUAACCAACCGUAUCACUCAGCGAGCAUUGAGAACUUUCCAACAACUUAUCCACAAAGCCUUGGACAUUUUCCUGCGUAUCCAGCGAACGUUGGACCCUUUCAUUAUCCUCGAACUGAGUAUGGUGUUUUGCCUAUGAAUUAUGUACAUGGUUCAAAUGGUUUGAAUUGUUAUUCGACUCAGACACAACUAGAACAAAUGACCGAGAGCGAAGGGAAAGAAAACGACAAAGCUGUUGUCGAAAAAUAUCAAGAUAUAGAAGUAAACUCUGACGACUCGUAUGCAGCUGCGUCUCUUCUGAUGAAUAUGGCAACACAUCACACUCACAAUUGA